GGGCCUCCCGAGGAAGAUGAACUACCUGAACGUGCUGGCCAAGGCGCUGUACGACAACGUGUCCGAGUCCCCGGAUGAGCUCUCCUUCCGCAAGGGUGACAUCAUGACAGUGCUGGAGCGCAACACGCAGGGCCUGGAUGGCUGGUGGCUCUGCUCGCUGCAUGGGCGCCAGGGCAUUGUGCCCGGCAACCGCCUGAAGAUCCUGGUGGGCAUGUAUGACAAGAAGCAGCAGACAGGGCCUGGCCAAGGGCAGCCACCCUCCCACCAGCACCCGCUGCACCCCACCGCCCGGCCGCCAGGGGACAGCAUCUACCUGAUCCCAGCCCCAAGCAAGGGGCAGCCGGGCCUCUACCCGGGCUCUGCGCCAGGGGCGCCCUUCCCCUCACCUCCGGCCAAGCAGCCGCUGAUGUAUCCAAAGCAGCCGCUGCCCCAUGCCUGCCAGGACAUCUACCAGGUGCCUCCGUCGCUGAGCCACGCCCCGGACAUCUCCACCAGCCCCCCGCAGGAGAUCUACCAGGUGCCCCCAGCUGCGGGGCUGGGCCAGGACAUCUACCAGGUGCCGCCGUCUUUGGACAUGAGGAGCUGGGAAGGGCCGAAGCCCCAGGGAAAGGUAGUAGUACCCACCCGCGUGGGGCAGGUCUACAUCUACGACUCACCCAAAGGCGAGCAGGACGAGUACGACAUCCCACGGCACCUCCUCGCCUCCGGGCCCCAGGAGAUCUAUGACGUGCCCCCUGUCCGGGGCAUGCUUGCCAGCCAGUACAGCCAGGAGGUCUAUGACACCCCCCCAAUGGCAGUGAAGGGCCCCACCGGCCGGGAGCCCGGCCAGGAGAUCUACGACGUGCCCCCCAGCGUGGAGAAGGCCCUGCACCAGGCUCCCCAAACUGUGUAUGACGUCCCCCCAUCCGUGAGCAAGGACAUCCCGGACGGCCCCUCCCGAGAGGAGACCUAUGACGUGCCCCCUGCCUUUGCCAAACCAAAGGCGCUGGACCUGCCCCGGCACCCAGCAGAGCCAGCCCUACCCGAGGACGUGUACGACGUGCCACCGGCGGCGGGGAAGGGCGCCCCCGAGGCCCCCUUCCCACAGGAGAUCUAUGACGUGCUGCCUGGCCUGCGGAAGCUGGUGGGGCCCGCGCAGGAUGUGUACGAUGUGCCCCGGGAGCUGCACGCUGGCAGCCUGGAUGCUGAGGGCGAGUACAUCUAUGACGUGCCGCCGCAGGUGGACCGGGAGGCCAGGGCGGGCGAUGCCAAGCGCCUCUCAGCCUCCAGCACGGGCAGCACCCGCAGCAACGUCUCCAGCUCCUCGCUGGACGUGGGGCCGGGCAAGGAUGCGCCCAAGGAGCUGGGCCUGGGCCUGGACCUGGACACGGCCAUGGAGCUGUUGGCCCGGCUGCAGCUCCACAUCAGCGGUUCCGUCUCCUACCUCAUGUCCUUCAUCAGCACCGGCUGGCGCAGCCCGGAGCAGCUGGAGCUCCACGCACCCAGCCUCCGGGCGGCGGCCGAGGGCAUCAAGGGGGCGCUGCGGGACCUGCUGGAGUUCGCCCGCGGGGCCGUGGGCAACGCGGCCCAGGCCUCCGACCGCGCCCUGCACACCAAGCUCAGCAAGCAGCUGCAGAAGAUGGAGGACGUGUAUCAGGCCCUGCUGCGGCACAGCCAGGCGCUGGAUGGCUGUGGCUGGGCCCCUGGUGCCCUGGCGGCCGGCAAGCCGGGCGGCACCGACGACCUGGACCGCCUGGUGAUGUACUCACGGGGCAUCCCUGACGACACCAAGCAGCUGGCGUCCUUCCUGCACGGCAACGCCUCCCUGCUUUUCAGGCGGGGUAAGCCGCCGGCGGACGGCCCAGACACCAGUCUGCUCCUUGCCAGCCACCCCCCACCGGCGCCCGCCGACAAGGCCAGCAGCAUCCAGUCACGGCCCCUGCCCUCCCCGCCCAAGUUCCUGGCGCAGGACUCGCCCGACGGGCCGUAUGAGAACAGUGAGAGUGGCUGGAUGGAAGACUACGACUACGUGCACCUGCAGGGCAAGGAGGAGUUUGAGAAAACCCAGAAGGAGCUGCUGGAAAAAGGCAACAUCAUGCGGCAGGGCAAGGGGCAGCUGGAGCAGCAGCAGCUGAAGCAGUUUGAGCGGCUGGAGCAGGAGGUCACGCGCCCCAUCGACAACGACCUCUCCAGCUGGACGCCGCCGCAGCACUACGCCCAGGUGCGGGGCAGCAGCGCCCUGUGCCCCUCCGACCGUCAGCUGCUGCUCUUCUACCUGGAGCAGUGCGAGGCCAACCUCACCACACUCACCAACGCCGUGGACGCCUUCUUUACUGCCGUGGGCACCAACCAGCCACCCAAGAUCUUCGUGGCCCACAGCAAGUUCGUCAUCCUCAGCGCCCACAAGCUGGUGUUCAUCGGCGACACCCUGUCGCGCCAGGCCCGGGCGCAGGACGUGCGCCACAAGGUCACCCACUACAGCAACCUGCUGUGUGACAUGCUCAAGGAGAUCGUGGUGACCACCAAGGCCGCCGCCCUCCACUACCCGUCCCCCUCCGCUGCCAAGGACAUGGUGGAGCGGGUCAAAGACCUGGCCAGCAGCACACAGCAGUUCAGGAUGGUGCUGGGGCAGCUGGCGGCCAUGUGA